AUGUCCUGGGUAAAAGCCCUGCGUGGGGACAGCCGGGGUCUGGCUGGCCCAGUGACUCCAGUGCCCCUGCGGGUGCACGCGCUCUCCCGCCCCGGGGUUGUCUGCGGCCCCCACCCGCCCACAGCGGCAGGCUGCGUGUGCCCCUGGGGGCCCCCCAGGCCCGCGCUCUGGGCGCUCCUGCUGGCGCUGCUGGGGGCUGCACCGGGCCGGGCCAGGCUCGGCGCCUGCAGCGUCCCCGACGUGCUCCACCACUACCGCGCGGUCAUCUUCGAGGACCUGCAGGCCGCGGUGAGGUGGACCGGGCCGGGCUCCAGACAGCUCCAUUUCAUUCAGAAAAACCUGACUGGAGCCGCGGCCUCCCGAUGGCGGGGCCGGGUGGGAGCCUCCUGUGGCGCCCAGAAGGAGCACAGUAUCCUACUGUCCAUCGUGGCCCUGGGUCGGACCCUACGUGGGGCGGUGGCCGGGGGCCGCCGCGGGGCUCUGGAAAAGGCGGCUUGGACCGUGGCCGUGCGCACCGAGGCGGUGAUGCGGCGCCACUGCCGGACGCUGCGCCAGCGGAGCCGGCGGCCCGAGACGCGCCCUGUUCGGCGUCGGGGCGGCCGGAGGCGGCUCCUGCUGCGCGCCCUGGACGCCGUCGCCACCUGCUGGGAGAAGCUCUUCGCGCUGCGCGCCGCGGCCACCGACGGCUCCUGGGGCUCCUAA